UUUGCUCAGCUACCUGAAAAGAGGAAGCCGAGACCCCGCCACGAUGGCGCGAGGGAAUGGGUGCCCCUCGCCGGAAUCGUCUUAUCUAAAGGUAAUCGCUCACUUGCAUCCGGAAGGAGCUUUACUUGCUUAUGCUCAUGACUUAGUGAAGGCCAAAGCCUGUCAUGUGUAUCUUUAGGGUGAGCCAUUUCCAUCACCCGACCUCCAAGGGUGCUUUCUCAAAAACGGGCAUCGUGUAGUCCAAUAGCUCGCCGGGUGAGGUAUUAGCCAUACAGGUCAGACAGGGCGCAUGAGAUUGAUCCAAUUGACCCUGAGCAAGCUAGCUAUUGCAUAGAAUCUGCUCGUAGACGAGAUUAGCGACUAUGGACAUGCACUGAACCUUUUCCAGCACUGGCAUGAAAUGUCUCCCUGCCAACAAACUACCCGUCGCACACGGUAACAUCCUCCACGACUGGCACGCCGAAGUCAUCGCCAUUCGAGCCUUCAACCGUCACCUCUUGGACGAAUGCACUCUCAUAUCAACGCCACCUUAUCCAACGUCCGGCCUUCUUCGAAAAGUAUCACCUGACGAACAAACCAGAGACCUACAGCAGCCUUUCACAAUCCGAGAGGAUGUAUCCUUUCACAUGUACUGCUCUGAAGCACCCUGUGGAGACGCAAGCAUGGAGCUCACUAUGGCUGCGCAAGAAGAUGCAACGCCGUGGACCAGUACGCCGCCAACUCUUUCCUCCACACCACAUUCCGGUGAUGAAGGAGAGGCUUUAGCACUCCGAGGGCGAUCCAACUUCUCUCUUUUGGGCGUCGUUCGCGCGAAGCCUUCGCGACCAGAUGCGCCGCCUACGCUGAGCAAAUCCUGCACAGACAAGCUUGCAGUGAAACAAGCCACCUCCUUGCUCUCAUCAACAUCAUCUCUAUUCGUUAGUCCCCAGAACGCUUACCUGGAAACCUUGGUGCUGCCAGACUCCCAGUACAUACCACAAGCAUGUGAACGCGCCUUCUCUUCGUCCGGUCGCCUCAGGUGUCUUGACUCGAAUGAGUGGAAAGGCGGCUACCGCUUCCAGCCCUUCACCAUCCUUCCCACAGAUCGAGAGUUUACUUGGUCACGCCGCGCACUAUCCGCUACCGAAAAAGCGGUGCCUAGUAACAUAUCUGCGGUGUGGACACCGACUUGGCAGGAGACUCUGAUUGGCGGCGUAAUGCAGGGCCGGAAGCAAUUAGACCCUCGAGGAGCAAGUAAGAUAUGCCGAAGGGGAUUGUGGCUAGAAGGCCUGCGCUUGGCGGGAGUACUAGGUGGAACAGUGGUGACGAGUGGGGCACUACGCAAGAGGAAGUAUGCGGAGAUGAAAGGAUCUGAAGAGCUCAUCGAGAGGACCAGGGCUAAAGAAGACAUACGCAAAGCCUUGAAGGGAUGGGUAAGAAACACUGGUGACGACGACUUCUCCAUCGAACCCUCACUAUCAACACCCUAGACUUGUGUUCUUGUGUAUUGAAUCCAUCUCAAACAUCUCGGAUUCCAUCUUUUCCUUCGCGAAACGUACCCCACGCUCCACUCCUCCCUUCCCACCGAUCGCUCACUAUCUCCAACACACCCACCAUCUCAACGCCUCUCUUCUGUCCUGAUCUCUCGGUAUCACUGUAGUGAACUCUCGCAUCCAGUGACCGUCUUGGUAUCCGACUCACUAAUAUCUCCAUGUCUGUAUACCUUCCUAGGAGAUCCAUCAAACCAGGUACAGCGUCAUUGCUCGCGAAGAUGGAAGGCGGGAGAGGCGGGUUCCAACGUUGUUGCUGGGGCAGAGGACCUAGUUGAUUCUGUGGUGCAAAGCGUUUCGGUGAGGAAGCGCGGGGAGGAUGAGCCGGGUUUAUGAGGAGGGUAUGGAGUGAAUGAGACCUUGUUAAGUCUGUGAGAGUGGUGAAUAAAGAGGCUGCCAUGUUAUUCGCU